UAGCCAGCGAACAGACGACCUGCUGGGUAAACAAGAGUGAAUGCCUCGAAAGGCAGGAAUGGCAACUUCGUCGAGGGCUAAUAGUGAGACAUUUCUAUCUUGUCAAAUAGAAACAUAAUAGAGAGGUCGUACUACAUUUUAAGAUUCGAUAGGAUUCCUUUACGAGUCAAAAUGGCUGAGUAUAAUCGGGUAUUUGAUGAGUGAAGUGGAACUAGCCUUUAUGUUAGCUUAGCUCGUAGCAGUCCAGGGCCCAUUGCCUUCGAUUUUGCUUCUCGGAUCAGCUCGGGACUGUGUUGUCAGUUUCACAAUCCCAGCCACUAACGUCCUCGGAUCGCGAUUUCUAUGUAGGCCUGCGUAGUUGCAUUUAGGGUUAACAUUUAGAUAACUGCCCGUUUUCAACGCUUGUCAUUAUUCCCCACAGGAUUUAACCUCACAUGUUACAAAAAGGACGGUGACACAUUUUGAAAAAAGGACUUAGACCCAGGUUUUGUGAGAUGCAGUGGGUGGACGCCUAGGAACUGAUGCAAGUGCACUUGGUGUUUGCCUUUUGAGGACAGACCUGCCACCAUGAAGAGUGAGGUGCCAUCUGAGGCCAGCAGACAGGAGCAUCUGAAGGAGCCACUGGUGAACCCAGAGCCCAUGGAGGCAGCCAAGAGCUUCCCUAACAACAUGGAGGUGAUUGGCAAGGCAGGCAGCGAAUUUGAAACCCUGUGUGAGUCCAGGCAUCUGCCCAUGAGGGACACGGGAACGCACAGAGACUCAGAACGGAGCCUCCCUGGGCGCAGAAAAAGAAAAGGCCAACAGGCAGGGCCAUCAGACUGCUCGCUGAAGGAGGGCCACAUCAGUGAGAGUUCACUGGCCCCUCAGCGUCCCAGGGUAGAACUUUUACAGCACCCCAGUGAGGAUGAGCAUAAUCAUGAGUCCUCUUUUAGUGACUGUGCUUCCUCCCCUUCCUCUAGCCUGCGAUUCGGGGACUCGGACACUCUCAGCUCAGAGGAUGAGGGGGAAGCUGGAGCAACAGGGGGCCAACACAAGGCUCCUAACCUGACAACAGGAGGAGCCACUGGAGUUGGCCUGCGGCCUGUUCUUGGUCGAACUCGGGGGAAUCGCUCUCAUAAGUGGGUGCGGUCUGAGGCUGAGCCAGUGCUGCUGAAGCGGCCAUGUCUGAGCAGCCGACGGCCUCUGCAUAGGAAGCGCUUUGUGAAAACAGCUCCCGGGGGGGGUCAGCGGACUCAGAAGCAAAAGGAGCGACUACUACUGCGGAGGAAGAAACGUGAAGUUAUUGCACGUAGGAAGUACGCUCUACUCCAUAGCACCAGUAGUUCCAGCGAGGAGCUGAGUAGUGACUCGUCCUCCCCCUCUUCUACCGAAGCUGAAGAUGAGCUGUAUGUAGAUGUCAGCAGCACCAGCAGCCAGCCCAACAGUACAACUGUUGCCACAGGUGCUCUGGAUGAGGAUGUGGUGGUGAUUGAGGCAACUCCAGCUCCAGCUCCUGCUGUCCCUGCAAGCGAGGAGAUCAACGUCACCUCAACAGAUAGUGAGGUGGAGAUCGUCACAGUCGGAGAUAGUUUCAGGUCACGCUCAGUGGGGGGUCUUGGCAGGAUUUGGGCUAGUAGUUGCUCCCAGAAUCGUCUCCAGGAGCCACGGGGACGUCACAGACUCUCCACCGUCAUCCAACCACUGCGUCAGAAUGCUGGGGAGGUGGUGGACCUCACUGUCGAUGAAGAUGAUCUCUCAGUUGUGCCAACGACCUCUGGCAGCAUUCACCCUCAAACAGUCAGGUCGUCCUCGUCAUCAUCUUCCCAUCAUGCCUCUACCUCAGAGCUCAAUUAUGUCCCAGGCCCUUCCACUAGCUGCCCAGGCUCAAUACCUGAAAGUAUGCACACACAGAGGCCAAGUGGCUCCACUCGCACAGCCACAGAGGAUGACAGCAGACCUGGUUUGUCAGGUACAGCAGGAGAAAACGCAGGCACGGCCAUGCCCAGACUGCCAUCCUGCUGUCAGCAGCACUCCCCGUGUGGAGGGCCCUCCCCGGGUCACCUAUCCCUGAGCCACUCCCAUUCAAGCUGCUUGCAGGCGUCGUCCUCUCAGCAGACUAGUGGCUCUCAGCACGGCCACAGUCAUGGCCACAGCAACGCUCACCACUUCAUCCACCAUGUCCAUCACCCAGCACCACAGCCCCCGGGCACCCUGCCCUUUCAAGAGCCGAACUGCCCUGUGGAGCGACCCAGUGCUCUGCCCGCACCCUGCGCUGUUGUCAGCAGCAGCAGCAACAUUAGUAGUAGCAGCAACACAGGCCUCUACCAUGACCAGCAAACUCUGCCAGUGGACCUGAGCAAUAGCAGCAUUCGGAGCGGUGGAAACAAUGGGGCUAGUUUCCAUGGCAGCACCUCGGCCUUUGACCCAUGCUGCCCAGGCUCCACCUCACGGCCUCCUGCUUACGUCUCCCAGGCUACCCCUGGGCCCAGCCAGCCAGCUGUGGUGGACUCAUUCAGCUCCUCCAUGGUGGCUCAGCCCCAGCCACAAACACAACCCCAGCCCUGCAGACAUUACAUGCACCCUUCCUAUGGCCCUCUAGCACGCUCACUGCAUCAUCAGCCCUCCUCCGCCUGUCCUCAUUCCCAUGGGAACCCCAUUACACCUCAGCCCCCUCCACAAGGUGAUUAUGUCAUUCCCCACACUGUCACCUUUCAUCCGCCACUGCCAUCCCACCCUUCAGGCCACGCUGUGCCCCCUGCCCCUCCCCCUCCUCUGUCUACCCACCACCUCUCUAGUUCAAGUGCCCCAUUGGCCCAGCAUCUGCCUACGGACCACCAGACCCUGCCACACCAUAUACCGGCACUGGGGGCCUCGGUGCAGAGGCUCCAUCAACACGAGAUGCUGCAGAGGAUGGAGGUGCAGAGGCGCAGGAUGAUGCAGCACCCCACACGAGCACAUGAGCGUCCACCUCCACACCCCCACAGAAUGCACCCUAACUACGGCCAUGGACACCACAUCCAUGUGCCACAAACUAUGUCUUCCCACCCUCGACAGCCUGAGCAGAGAACAGCAUGGGAGCUUGGCAUCGAGGCUGGAGUGACUGUGGCACCAUACCCUUCAGGGCACCUGCACUCCCACCUGCCCCAUUACCAUCCUCCCCCCAGACUGCACCACUUCCCCAUCCCCUUCAUGCACACUGGCAUAUCUGAAGUGACCUAUCCGCACAUUCGGUACAUCUCAUCUAGAAUGACUGGCUUUGGAAGAACCUAUGAGGACCUGCUGCAUUUAGAGGAAAGAUUGGGGACUGUGAACCGAGGAGCCUCUCAGGGAACUAUAGAGAGGUGCACUUACCCGCACAAGUACAAAAAGAAGGUGUUGGAGAGAGACAUUGACCAACAGUUAACCCCUGAAGCUUGGGCAUCUAUUGGGAAAAAUAUGCACGCAACCCCAGAAUCGAGAAAGCUGCAUGGUAAGCAAGACGAAGAUGAGGGGGCAGAUGAAGACACAGAAGAAAAAUGCACCAUCUGUCUGUCAAUACUGGAGGAGGGGGAGGACGUCAGACGCCUACCAUGUAUGCACCUCUUCCAUCAGCUGUGUGUCGAUCAGUGGCUCCUCACCAAUAAGAAGUGCCCCAUCUGCAGAGUGGACAUUGAGGCGCAGUUGUCUGCUGAGAGUUGAUGCUGUUUUUCUAACAACCCCCUUUGUUGAAAAUUUAUUUUUGAUCAUCAUUUUCUCCUCAGUACUGCAGUCAACCAAAGAUGGCAUGAAUUACCUGCGCAGCUCUACUAUGAGAAAAUAAAAAACACCUGACAAAAAAGCAUUGAGCCUAGAGUGCCAGCUAUCACAUAUUACUACAACAGCUAGAAUUCUCCAUUAAGGGUUUAAGAUUUUAUUGUAUUUAUAAAGCUUUUAUGUAGCUUUUGAUUGUUUCCUCAAGUGUCAUUUUUGUUUUGUUUCUCUGCAUGUUUCCUUGCAAUGCAUUUCUUUGCACAUAUAACGUGGGCUUAACACGGCCUAACAACUUGCAGGUGAAGAUAGCUGCUCUAGUAAACAUGCAUUUCUGUAAACCUAAUGCCUUGCUUUACUAGAAUAGAAUGUCAGCCUCCAGUUUAAAAAAAACAAAAAAACAAACAUUGCAGGAUUCAUUUUUACCAAUCAUUGUAUUGAUUAGUUUAUGUUUAGAAGAUGUGGAUUGUUAGUGAAAGAUGUUUUUUUUAAGUAAAUCCAGACAUUCCUAACUAGGGAAACAUGUUAACAGAUCAGCUGCUGUAUUAGUGCACACCCAGUAUUUCUAGAGUGGAAAUAAACUCCAAUGUUCACCUCACUCCCAGAAUAUGCACAUGCUUUGCUACGAUUACACCCCCCUCCAGCACCUUCAUUUGACUAAAAAACCGUUAUCACCACCAUCUGAUGUAUUUUAGAGAAUGAAAAAGAAUGUCACGUCCCUCUCUUGACUGUUCUUUCUAAACCGAACGAUUGUUGGGAUCUGCUUUGAAUCUUUUCUUCAUUUUGCCGGGGUUCCUCCCUGCAGACGGGCCUGUGAUGGUUAACUAGGUUUCUGUAAGAUGAUCUCAGGUCUACACGUGUGUAAGAAAUUUCACAUGAGCCUGCGACCUGGGAUCAUUUUGUCAAUUUGAUACCGGCAGUGGCGUUUGACUUUAAUUUCCUGUGUGUGUGUGUGUGUGUGUGUUUUCAGAGGGAAAUACACAGCUCAAUUUGGGAUAAAUAUUUACUGUUUGUUCUCACACUUCAAACCAUUUUAUCCACCCUCCCUUUUGUCUCUCUGUAGUUGAGCAGCAGCAUCCAUUUUGACUGCUGCGGAAAGAAAAAUACUGUUGACUAACUCACUCGCAUAGACUUGCACAAGAGAGAAAAAGGUUGGAGACAGUGAAUAUGACAGUGCACUGAGGCCAUGUAUUUCCACUCUGAUAAAUAUAAAAAAGAAAAAAAAAGAAAAAAAAGAAACUUUGAAUGGAGUGUUGAAAUGCAGUACUUAAAGCAGGUAUCCAUGCAUUCAUUGACUUAAAGGCACCAGGAUCAUAUUCUGUGGGAUUUAUAUUAGUUUUAAAAAAUAAUAUUAAUAAACUUGGAUAACUCUUAA